AUGGAUUCAACGAUGAUACUUUUGGAAGGAGUGGCAAAUAUUGGACCCUUAUUCACAAGAAGAAAUAGGGACAUGAUAGCAUCGAUUUGUACCAUUCCAAUUUUCAGUCAGUAUAAUACUCCAGGUUUAAAUAUUAUCGGUAUGAAAUCUUCUCAUCAGUUAGAAACUUGUUGGUCUAUAGAUAUCAAAUUAUGUUCCAGUGAGCUGUUAAAUGGUAGAUCAAUGCAUGGCCUAGUUAGAGCAACCAGAAAACACAGGCGGAGCUUUAAAAGUUAUAAGGCUCAAUCUGUGCUGGAUGUUUUGCGAAAUUAUCCCUUUACACAUGCUUUACAAGAAUAUUCUAGUAUUAAACCACAGAAUGAUUCUCACAGUACAUCUUGUUGCUCUCCUUAUAUGUAG